CCUCCAAUACAUAUAAAAUGAGCGUUCAAGGAUUCUGGGGUCUUCAAGUUGUUCCAAAAAAGACUUACACUCAAGUUGUCGCCGCACCUUUCCGUGUUUCCAUGGCUUCAUUGGGCGAUGAAGUUACUGGAAAGGGUCGUACUUCUUUGUGCGUCAAAGUCGACAAGAAGGAUUUCGUGUUGUGCUCGUUGUCACCCGAAAAGACCGAGCAACAGCCUUUGGAUAUCACUUUUGUUGAGGGCGAAGAAGUCACCUUUACCGUCAAGGGUAACAACACCAUCCACCUUACUGGUAACUACGUCUUUGACGAUGAUGAGGAUGAAGGUCAAGACCUCAAUGCUGCCGGCCUUGAAGCUCUUUUGAAGCAGCGUGGCAUGUAUGACGAUGAAGCUGAGGUCUCAGGCGAGGAUUCUGAGGAUGAUGAAGAAGAAGAAGAGGAGGAGGAGGAAGAAGAAGAGGAAGAGGAAGAGGAAGACGAUGAUGAAGAAGAUGAUGAAGAACCUCCAGCCCAACCUUCCAAGAAGCGUCCUGCUGAAACCGAACAGGAAAAGCCUGCUGCCAAGAAGGCCAAGGCCGACGAAGCUCAAAAAAAGCAAGAACAGCAAAAGAAGCAGCAAGAGCAAAAGAAGCAGCAAGAGCAAAAGAAGGCUGCCGAAGCAAAGAAGGCUGCUGCUGCUGAAGCAAAGAAGGCUGCUGCUGAAACAAAGAAGGCUGCCGCUGAAACAAAGAAGACUGAAUCCCAGGUCAAGAAGCUUCCCAACGGCAUGGUGAUUGAAGAAGUCAAGAUUGGCGAUGGUGAGGUUGCAAAGAGCGGCAAGAAGGUUGGCAUGCGUUACAUUGGCAAGUUGACCAGCGGCAAGGUGUUUGACAAGAACACUUCGGGUCGACCCUUCUUCUUCAACCUGGGCCGUGGUGAAGUCAUCAAGGGCUGGGACAUUGGUGUUGCUGGCAUGAAGAUUGGUGGUGAGCGUAAGUUGACGAUUCCUGCACCUUUGGCCUAUGGCAAGCGUGGCGCACCCCCAGAUAUUCCUCGUAACGCCACUCUGGUUUUCGAUGUCAAGCUUGUUACUUUGAAAUAAUCUUUCCAAUUCCUGUAAAAUGUACAACUACACACACACACACACAUACACACAUGUAAUCCCAUUUUUUCUUGUUUUUUAUCUCAUACACACACGCAUCCAGAACCU